AUUUUUGCAUGCAAAAAAGGAUCAUUUUGAUUUAUCUGUUUUAAAAUCAUCAAGUGUGGUACUUGAUGGCUCAUCUACAAGAUUUCUUCACUGACGUCUGAAGAACAAAGUGCUUUUCAACCUGCACUUCUGUAGCACUAUGACUAACUGUAAAGGCAGAUCUACCAUCUCCAAAACAAAUAGCAAAGUUCAUGACAGAGAAGGUUUUGUAAACUGGACCAUAAAUCUUAAUACAAUUCAGUCUGAUAAAUUUUUAAGACUGCUUUUGAGUAUGGUUCCUGUUGUUUACCAAAUAAACCAGGAUGAAAGACACAAAAAAGUCAACGGUGUCUGGCAAGAUGGACUACCACCAGCAGGACACAAUUUUAAUGUUAGGUCAGAACAGCACACAGAGUACCAUCACUUCUCAGAACCAAGUUUUCAUGGUAGUAAUGGACACAGCCCAUCUAGCUGUAGCCCGAAAUAUGAUGAUUUUACCAGUUAUAAUUACUGUGAUGGAAUGGACACUUCAGAAACAGAUGCCAUGUUGCAGGAAGACAACCUAUCUAGUGACAGUAAUGAAGAUGUCAUUGUGGAAGGAAGUAGAAAACAACCCAAAGAAUCUAGUAGUAUUAUGGCAUUACAGAUACUCGUACCUUUUUUGCUAGCAGGAUUUGGAACUGUUUCUGCUGGCAUGGUUUUGGAUAUUGUUCAGCAUUGGGAUGUGUUCAAGAAUGUUACUGAAGUUUUUAUCUUGGUUCCUGCACUUCUUGGUCUCAAAGGAAAUUUGGAAAUGACCUUGGCAUCCCGGUUGUCAACUGCUGUAAAUAUUGGAAAAAUGGAUUCUCCCAUUGAGAAAUGGAACCUAAUAAUUGGCAAUUUGGCCUUAAAACAGGUUCAGGCAACGGUAGUUGGUUUUCUGGCAGCAGUGGCAGCGGUUAUAUUGGGCUGGAUUCCAGAGGGCAAAUACCGCUUUGAUCAUUCAGUCCUUCUUUGUUCUAGCAGUGUAGCAACUGCCUUCAUAGCUUCUCUUUUACAAGGUAUAAUAAUGGUUGGAGUUAUUGUUGGAUCAAAGAAGACUGGUAUUAAUCCUGACAACGUUGCAACUCCUAUAGCAGCAAGUUUUGGAGAUCUUAUCACUCUUGCUAUACUAGCAUGGAUAAGUCAGGGUCUUUAUACUUGCCUUGAGACAUAUUACUAUAUAUCUCCCUUGGUUGGUGCCUUUUUUUUGGUUCUGACUCCGAUGGGGAUUGUCAUAGCUGCCAAACACCCAGCUACCAGAACUGUUCUCCAUUCAGGAUGGGAGCCUGUUAUAACUGCCAUGGUUAUAAGCAGUAUUGGUGGCCUUAUUCUGGACACAACUGUAUCUGAUCCUAAUUUGGUUGGAAUUGUUGUUUAUACCCCAGUAAUUAAUGGUAUUGGUGGUAAUCUAGUAGCUAUUCAAGCUAGCAGAAUUUCUACCUACCUCCAUUUGCAUAGCACUCCUGGAGAGCUACCAGAAGAAGCCAAGGGUUGCUAUUAUCCAUGCAGAACUUAUUGUGGUACAGGAGUAAAUAACAAAUCAGCCCAAGUUCUGCUGCUUUUGGUGAUUCCUGGACACCUGAUUUUCUUGUACACUAUCCACUUAAUGAAAAGCGGCCACACUUCCUUAACUCCUAUCUUUAUAGCAGUAUAUUUGUUUGCAGCUCUGCUACAGGUGUUUACUCUGUUAUGGAUUGCUGACUGGAUGGUGCACCACUUCUGGAAAAAAGGAAAAGAUCCUGACAGUUUUUCUAUCCCUUAUCUUACUGCACUGGGAGAUCUGCUUGGAACUGCCUUGUUAGCUAUGGGUUUUCAUUUUCUGUGGCUCAUAGGUGACAGAGAUGGCGAUGUCGGAGACUAAUUAUUCCAAUGGGUACAGUGACUUUUCCUAGAAUAUUGACAAGACUGAUCAUUCCACUUGAAGGCCCUCAAAGUGAUUGUUUCAUUUGGUAUAAGUAAAUCAAGUUGACACAGAUAUAAAACAGCCUUAAUGAUUUUAGUUUGGUUUGUUUUUUUAAAAAAUCAGAUGGAACUAGAAGGGUACUUGAGACCUUUACUCUGAAACCAAGGUGGAUUGCUGCUAGUUGAAGACAUCUGAGUAGACACAAGGAAAGGCUGGUCAAUCCUUUAUCAAGUUUUAAAUUUUUAAAAAAUCUGGUCUUUUAAAAGAACAGUUCCUUGCCUGUAUUGCAAACCAAAACAAUCUCAUAAUUGCUCAUUCAGUGGUGACAAAGAAGAGGGUAAGACCCAAUCAGUGGCUUGCUUUGCUUUUCCUCCUGGGAGCAAAGUGGGGAUAUAUUUUCAUUUUACCACAGAAGUGGUUAGUAGACCUCAAAUUAAUUCUGUUUCAUAGACAUUACCUGAUUGGUGGAUGAUACAUUUUUAUCUUACAAUUUCAACGCUGCAGCUCUCUGACCAUUGCA